UCCAUUUUGUGGUGUUUCUUUGAACGAGGAGGAAAAUGCCGGACCCGGCCAAAUCCGCUCCUGCUCCAAAGAAGGGCUCGAAAAAAGCUGUUACAAAAGUCCAGAAGAAAGACGGCAAGAAGCGCAAGCGCAGCCGUAAGGAGAGCUACUCUGUCUACGUGUACAAGGUGCUGAAGCAAGUGCAUCCGGACACGGGCAUUUCGUCCAAAGCCAUGGGCAUCAUGAACUCCUUCGUGAACGACAUCUUCGAGCGCAUCGCUGGCGAGGCUUCCCGCUUGGCGCAUUACAACAAGCGCUCUACUAUCACGUCCCGGGAGAUCCAGACGGCCGUGCGCCUGCUGCUGCCGGGGGAGUUGGCUAAACACGCCGUGUCGGAGGGCACCAAGGCCGUCACCAAGUACACCAGCUCCAAGUGAAGCGCAACCGAGACGUGAUUGAUCGACUUUACCCCAAAGGCUCUUUUCAGAGCCACUUCAGCUCUCGAAGAAAGAGCUGUAACCACUAACGGCCCAUGGUCUCUCGCUUAGCCUUUUAAAUGUAGAAUUACAAACCUGCAUCACCAUGCCUAAAGUAGCUUCAUGAAAAGGAGAUGGUCUGGAUUAAACAAAAGAAACUGGGGCUGGAGAGAUGACUCACCGUUAAAGCACCAGUUGCUUGUCCAGAGGAUAAAGGUUUUGGAUUCCUGGCACGCAUAUGGCCACUCACAGCUGUUGGUGUUUCUAGCUCCUGGAGAUCUGACUCCCUCUUCUGGCCUCCUCAGGAUCUCAUGCUCUCCAGGCGGGCCUCAAACUCCUUAAGUAUUGAGGGUGACCUUGCCUUUCUGAUCCUCCUGCCUCACCUCCUGAAUGCUGGAAUUCCAGACAUGUAUCUCUAUGUAUGGUGUUAUGCCACACUGAGGAUUAAACACGCGGCUUCAUGCAUACUGGGCAAGCACCCUAUGGGAGCCACAUCUUCAGUACUCCUCAAACCCGAAAGAUCUCAUGGAGUCCCAGACUUUUACAUACUAGUGUUUUGCGGGGUGUGAGGAAGAGGGGAGUAGGGAGGAAGUAGAAUCUUGCUUUUCAUUGCCAGCCUUAGUUACCUGAGGGUUGGGUUUUAUACCAUUACAGUUAUAAGACGUAGCCUUCGCUUAAGGUUCAUACACAAAGGAAAGA